AAACGGGAAAGCUUCGAAUCUUGAAAAUGAGGAUGAUGUUUCGAGCAUGUAGCCGAGGUCAAAGGUGAUGGUCGGUACUUAUCGAUUGUCAGCGAGCAAUUAAUUACUAGUCAACAGUCACUUAUCACGAUGCUCUUUCUCUCUCUCUCUCUCUCUGUCUAUCAAAAGGGAGAGAAAGAACGAUGCGCACGUCGAGGCCAACGCAGGCCAACGUUCGAAAUGUCGAGCGUCGCAAAUUAGUCGCAUAGGAAGAGAGGGGAAGCAGAAGAAAGAGGGACAGAGAGAGAGAGAGAGAAAAGAGAAUGUGGCACGCGAUAUGCAGAGGACAUCCUGUCGAUGAUGAUUCACAAUGCGAGACACAAUUCUCGUAAGGUUGACUUGAAAAAGUUCACCUCGCCAGAAAAUAUAGCCGUUAUUUUUUUUGUCCAUUCUUGAGUAAUCCGGAGGGGGAGGGUUUCCUUCGAGCGAUCCUUCAUGCUUCGCGAUCGUGUAUGAGAAGGGGGAGAGAAAAAAGAACCCUGAAAACUAUCGCGAAAGUGAAUGGCAAGGCUCGUCGAUUAUUAUUUCUUUAUCGGCGUAAUUGACAACAUACGUAUACACACAUACACAGGGGGAACACCCGCGGCUCGUGCCGUCGAUCGAGAUCUCGAAAUCACGAGAUCGUUCCACGGCUCGUUGAGCACUAUACGAUUUACAAUCGACAUUCAAUGUUUAAUGGUGCGUCCGAAAUCGAGCGGCGUGAAUCCUCUCGCUUUUUCGCGCGCAGAAGGGUGAAAGUAUCGCGGAGCCUGAUGAAUAAUCACUUGGUGGCGUGAUCGUGUCGCUGGCCCACAUCGCUAGACUAAAUUCACGCCUUUUGCUUCGAAAGCGACCAACGUGCCUCUUACAUUUUCUCAUCCGUGUCUUGACACGCUGUGAAAAUUAGAUAGGAUUAAAUUGAAAGGAGAAAUUUAUUUACAUAAAACUGAAAUUAAUCUUCCACAAAGUCGAAGGGUUGAUCCGAGAAUCUUCCAAUUUCUUCGCUCCAUCAUCCUUUAAUCUUCGUCUUCCUCGUUACACUCUUGGAAGAUUUAUCUUCCAAUCGGCGAUGCAAAUGUUUAUUACGACGUGACGUAAGUGACGUUAGCACGCGUGUCCCCCCCCCCUCCCCCCGCUCGCGCACGUAGACGAGUAUCGUCGACAAUUUCUUUCAUUCACGCAUCCACGCGUAUGUAUUGUACACGCGCCUACGCACAGACGCCCGCGUCCGCCGCGGAGGGAAAAUGCGUUAUGCGUUGCCGUUCGUCAGGCAUAGAAUAAUUGCAGCGAUGUAACCGAUGUUUAAGGUGCCCCAUCCUGCGAAAGGUGAAAGAGCAGGCAACUCGAAAGAUUGUUCACCCUUUGUUAUGAGCGAUAAGAUCGUUGGAGUUAAAUUUAAAUCACUGAUAAAGUUUUCGUUGUCGAUAUUGAUCUUCUUUCAUUCCUCUGUCAAUCAACAUUGAUACGUACAUCGUUAAACACUAUCGAAGAAAGCAGGGCAUAAAUAUAGAAAGGAUGAAUGUCGCCAAGAUGUGCAAAUUCCACAUCCAUCGUAUAUCUUCAUUCCUUCAUUUUCAAUCUCUCUCGCUCUUCGUUCUCACUUCAUUCUAGUUCUACUCCCUCUUUUUCCCUCAUCUUAUCAUCUCUUUUCUUAUCUUUAUUUCGUUUCUGUUUUUCUUUCCCCGUUCUCUUUACCUUUCCCUCUUGCACUCUGACACGGACCUCCUCGGCCCUCCCUUCUGCUCGGGGUCCACCGUUGAUUUUACGCCACUGAGCGAUCAGUCACCGUCCAGGUGCUAGAGCGAGCGUGUACACGCCAGUGGACGAUGGAUGGAUAAGGACGGGACGUAGCUGUCGCGGGAGUGGGCAGGAAGCCGCUCGGCUCGGACUAUGUAAGACGACGAGGCGGCGGCCGAGGGAUCCGAUCGAGCCGAGUUCUCGUCGAGUCGAGACCGGAGUAGAUAGUGUCUGAUCGGCCGUCGCGGCGCGUGGAUUUCCCUCGCUCGGCUCGCUUCGAACGGGAGAAUCGUUCGUCAGUUUUAGCCGACGAUAUUGUCCGUGCCGUUGGAAAAGUUUGUCGAAAAAUCGGGGAACGGAGCGUGAGAUGACAAGACUUGUCGUCGACAGGGGAGGCGCGAAGGAGAGAGGUGGUGAAGUGGUGACGAGAUAAUCGGCGUAGUGCAAUUGCGAAAUUCUUUAGCAAGAGACACUCACAGACUGAACUUGAGUUAUUUCUGUCGAGAUAAAGUCUUGAUUAUAUCGUUAUCACAUCUUGAAAAGAUGUCCGAUAUGGAAGAGAACACGACGUCCAGCGUCCUCCUGAUGUCAAAGAUCGGCGCGAUGAUCGGUCUCGGUUUAGGUUCUCUGGUGCUGGGAACCCUGCCGUUGAUAGUGGGACGUUACAGGGCCAAGAAAAGACUUCGAAAACACUCUCGGCCGAUCUCCUCUGAUCGUUCCAGCACGUCAACUUCGGCAUCUUUGCCGGGCGUUGACUCGACCUCCGCGGCGAAUAAACAACAAACGGCAAAUCGUCUCCAGGGUCUUUUGACAUCGCUGUUGCUUUGCUUCGGCGGCGGAGUGCUUCUGUUCACGACGUUCCUGCAUCUGGCACCGGAAGUGCGCGAGAGCGUCGAGAGGCAUCAGUCGAACGGUCAGCUGCCGACUCUGGGCACCCUCGGUUUGGCAGAGUUGCUCUUCUGCGGUGGCUUCUUCCUCGUCUACCUGGUCGAGGAGGCGGUGCACGCCGUCCUCACCGGUAAACCCGAAUCUUCAGGGGCGCUGCUCUACCGGACCGUAUCGGUGCGCAGAUGCAACAAUAAUCAGACGGGCCCAUCGACCAUAAGCGACUCAACUACCACCGUAUCCACCACAAGGUCUGCCGCGUGGAAGGAUCAGGACGAUCACGAGGACAAGGAGAACCGGACGAGCUUGGAACGAUCCAAGAUCCAGCUCGAUGAACUGCGCAAUCAUGUGGUCAAGGACGACAAGGUCCUGCCGGCUAUAUUCGUCCUGUCCCCCGCGUUAUCGAACGAAGGACGUCAGGUCGUCGAGAGGCGUUCUGAUCCAGAACUGGCGAUGUCGGAAUUGAACUACCCGCCAAUUCGGCAUCAUCAUCAUCAUCAUCAGGAUCAUUCUCAUCAUCAUCAUCAUAAUCAUCAUCAUGAUCACAACCAUCACCACCACCACCAUCAUCAUCAACAUCAACAUGGCACGAUGACGCAAAAUACUUCGGUGCAAGGUCUGCUGACCGUGCUCGCGCUGUCCUUCCACGCGAUAUUCGAGGGCCUGGCGGUAGGGCUAGAACCAUCCAUCAGCUCAGUCGUCUAUUUAGCGGCUGCCAUCGCGACCCACAAACUGGUCAUCUCCUUCUGCGUUGGGAUGGAGCUCUACGUAGCCGGCGCGUCCACACGAGCCACCCUCGGAUAUCUAUCCAUCUUUUCUAUGGUGACGCCGAUUGGGAUCGGGAUCGGGUUAGCGCUGAGCCAUUUCAAGAACGACAGUGAAAAUCUGGGACCAACGCCUACCAUAUUGCAGGGCAUGGCGGCCGGCACCCUGCUUUACGUGGUGUUCUUCGAAGUGCUGGCGCGCGAAAGGGCGAACGAGAAGAGCGGCCUGUUGCAGCUGGUCGCGAUCAUCGUCGGCUUCGCGCUAAUGCUGGGCUUGCAGAUCGCCACCGCUCAUUCGCACAGCCACGAUCACGGCCAGGGUCACGGACAUUCUAACGCGGAGGAGGAGGAGGACCACGACCACGAUCACGACCAUGAGCAAGAUCACAAGCAUCGCGUCGUAACAGAAGCGAUCGACAAAGUGACCGAUAGCAUUGCCGAGGCCCUCUCCAACGCUCUCACAUCUUCGACGACGACGUUACGGCCGAGGGAUAUCCACGAGACCAGCACAUUGCAUCCUCAUCACAGUUAGGGAUCGACAUGCAUUUCCGCGAAUUCUAUGCUUCACGGUUGGAUCCUCUUCGGCAAGAGAUUCAGCGCAUCGAGGAUCUCUCGAAAAUCUCGACGGAUCACGAUGCUGUCUCUGCCAAGGAGAGAGAGACAUUUUUCAUCUAUUUUUCCAUCCAUUUUGACAAAAUGGAAAUGAAACAGAGAGAAAACGAAACGGAGCCGGAGAAAUGAUAGAUUUUUUUACAUGCAUGGAUCUACAUGUCGAUUGUGAUUGAUUCUGUUCCGGACGUGAUGUGACAACGGAAGAUUCGUAUUGCACGUUGCAUGUUGUAUGUAAUAUAUAUUCGACAAGAGAGAGAUGUCCUUUUUUACCGCUGCUCCGAUCGCGGAAACUGUAAAAAAAGAAGUUAUGGAUGCCCUGACAUAUUUCGACUUGACUUCCGAAGAGUUUCUCGCUCAAAGAUUUGCAAUGGGAAAAGACUUUCACGUACAUGUACAUAUCUGUAUUCGUUCCGACCUCGGUGCAACAGUUAUUUUUUGUGUUUUUUUAGAUACGAUAAUAAAUAAGUGUUUAAUUAUGUAUAUUGUUUAAGUGCCUUUAACGAAACUUUUCACGCAAGUGCUGAAAAUAUUUAUUAAUAAUAUCGGACAGAGCGUUUUAGCAUUUAAGCAUUUUCUUCUCGAUAAAAAUACGUAAAGAAAGAAAAAUACGGACGCUGAACUUGUCACGAGCAGAUCCAUUAGUUUCCUAAUUAUUCGACGGAACCAAAUACGUCGUAUUUGUAUAAAAAAUUUAAUAAAUUAUAGCAAUAUUUUUUUAUACUA